CCCGCGGGCGCGCCCCCAGCCCGGCUGGAGCCGGCGUUUCCUGAGCCCGGAGCUGGGGCGAGAUGGCCGCGAGCGGCGAGGCGCUCGAGCCCCGCGUCCUCCUCUGCCUCGGGGCGCUCCUGGCGCCCUGGGUCGCGGCAGGACUGGAGGCUGUCAUUGUUGGUGAACUUCACGGCAACGUUACUCUGCGCUGUGGCAACAUCUCAGGACCCAGGGGCCUGGUGACCUGGUACCGGAAUGACCCAGAGCCCAUCCUGCUUCUCUCCUCCAACGCCAGCCUCGUGCCAGCUGAGCCUCGCUUCUCUCUAGUGAACGCCAGCGCCCUGCACAUCGAGGUGCUGAGCCAGCAGGACGAGGGCAACUACACCUGCCGGGAGAUUCGCAAUGGGACUCAGUGGUUCCCAGUGUGGCUGCAGGUGGCCAGUGGCCCCGACCACAUCGAGGUCAACAUCUCAGCCACUGGCACGCUGGCCAAUGGCACCCUGUACGUGGUCAAGGGCUCCCAGGUGGACUUCAGCUGCCGCAGCAACGCACAGCCCCCGCCUGUGGUUGAGUGGUGGUUCCAAGCCCACUCUAGCCCCGAGUCCUUCGGAAGCAACCUGACGGUCACCUGCUUCACGCUGCUAUUGAUGUCCCAGAACCUUCAAGGGAACUACACUUGUCUGGCCACCAGCAUGCUGAGCGGGAGGCAGCGCAAGGUGAUCACCGAGCUCCUGGUCUACUCCCCCCCUCCGUCACCUCCGCAGUGCUUGGCAGAGACGGCAUUGGGAUCGUCUGCAGUGCAGCUCACCUGUCGCUGGGAUGGGGGUUACCCUGACCCCAACUUCCUGUGGACAGAAGAGCCAGGAGGGGCGAUCGUGGGGAAGUCGACGCUGGGGGUGGAAAUGGUAAACCAGUCCCAGCUGUGGGAUGGCAAGAAGUUCCGAUGUGUGGGGAGCCACAUCGUGGGGCCAGAGUCGGGAGCCAGCUGCGUGGUACAGAUCAGGAUGCCCUCCCUUUUCUCUGACCCCAUGAAAACUUGCUUUGUGGGGGGCAACGUAACAUUCACCUGCCAGGUAUCUGAAGCCAACCCUCCUGCCACGAUCCAGUGGCUGAGGAACCUGACCCAGCCCGAGGUGGUCAUCCAGCCUGACAGCCGCUACCUCAUCACCCAGGAUGGCCAGAGCUCCACCCUCACGAUUCGCAAUUGCUCCCAGCACCUGGACGAGGGCUACUACGUCUGCCGGGCUGAGAACCCCGUGGGGACAAGGGAGGUGGACAUCUGGCUGAGUGUGAAAGAGCCUGUAAACAUCGGCAGCAUUGUGGGAAUCAUCGUCAGCCUCCUGCUGUUGGGACUGUUCAUUAUCUCAGGGCUUCUGUUGUAUUAUAGUCCUGUAUCCUGCUGGAAAGUAAGAAGCACUUUCAGGCGACAAGACAUGGGUGAUGUCAUGGUCUUGGUGGACUCAGAAGAGGAAAAGGAAGAUGAACAGGAGGAUGCUACAGAAGAGGAGGCAGAGGAAGAAGAGACACAGAGAGAGGAGCCGCCAAAAGAAAUGAAGAAGCAUGGCCACAUUCACAGAGUGACUGCACUGGUGAACGGAAACUUAGAGCAGAUGGGAAACGGGCUCCAGGACCUGCAAGAUGACAGCAAUGAGCAGCAAAGUGACAAUGUUCAAGAAGAGGACAGGCCAGUGUGAAGAAGACUGCCCACCACUGUCUUGUCUUGAAAGCUUGGAAAGUUCCACUGAAGAUGAGCUCUUCAUCAGCUUUGUCUGGACUCCCACCGCUGCCCAGGAGCUUGCAUUAGGGACAGCUGCAGUCCCUCAGCAAACAAGAAAAACAAACACACAUCUUUCCUCCCAUUUUAAAAAAAAAGAAACAAACUGGCUUAAUUUGCUGUAAGUUUUCUUAACAAUGUCCAAAAGCUUCAGGAAGGAGUGGCACAUGUGGGAAAGGCCCAGCUGGCACUCGAGGUGCCAUUUUGCUGUGGCUGCUGGUGCUGUGCGUGUUUACUUAGCAACAGGCCCUGACAUGGACAGAGCACAGCUCAGGGGAAGCGCUUGGUCUCCGUGCCCUUUGCCACUCUUUGAAGAUUGGUAACCAGCUUGUCCCAGCACAAAAGGGAAUACUGUGUCAGAAGACAGGAACUUCCUUUAUCUCCGCCCGCCUGGAUGAGUUUGCAAUCCAGGAAGCGGGCAGAUAGCAGCUCCCUGGGAAAGGGGAGGUGUCAGCUACCAAUGCCAGCCGGAGGAAAGUGUCUGGGUCAGGCUUUGGAGUGAGAAACACGAUGCUGAUUCUGGGCCCUGACCCAUCCUCGUCCCGCGGGCUUGGGGCAUGUUGUGUUACCUCUUGUGGAGCUCAGUUUGCGCACAUGUGAGAGAGGCAUCAGUAUUCCUGUUGCCAGGAUUGUGGUGAGGAUGAAAUGGGGACAUUUUGGAUGUAAAAGUGCCUCGGAGGGGCAAGAUAGAGCUGAGUUAUCUUUGCCUUCUCUAGUGGAGGGAAAAAAAAUUGUGCACUGAAAGUUACAGGUGGCCUCCUGCCUGGCUCUUUCAUUCCUUAUGGGAUGGUUUCGGAGAGGACACUGCCAGCUGCUGCUGACCACUCUUCCCGUGGAGAUGUAAUUCUUUUCAAAAGCAGUAGAGGCUGGUAAGCGGAAAUGUCUUUCAUUAUAACUUCACAUUCUUUAGAGCUUCGCUUUAUUUAUAUAAAGCCUCCUAGGUGGUGUGCCUAGGAUUUGCUUUUAUUUCUCUUGUUGCUUUGUUAAAAAAAUAAAUAAAUAAAAGGGCAGGAGAAACAUUUCCUAACAAUAUCUGCUGAUGAGAACCCCUUGGACAAACUAGUCCUUCUGACCUCAGUUUAUUGAUCUUGGAGAUGGGAAUAGGAAAACAUUUCUUUCUCACUUAAGGGUACACUGAGAACACUAAGGUUCAAAUGUAAAAAGCACUUGGUUUUCAGUUGCUAAUCUAACAGAUCCUUGAGUUUGUAAAAAAAUUUUUCCUAAUUUCAUCCAAAUCUCCUAAUGUCAGGGAAUUUAUAAGGGUGCAACUGAUGUGUGCUAAGCAUGAAAAUUUGACUUGAAUUUGCACUGUUUAAUGCCCCAAGUCCCACUCCAAUAGGCAAGACCUAGGGCUUAUCGGAGAGCUCGCCUUCUGCAGUAUGAGACUGGGAGUCCUAAGAGAAGUUGGUUGUCUGGGGUAACCUGCUGUGGUGGUUGGGAAGGCCUGUUUUCCUGGAUGAAGAGACAGCUGAGAAAAUCACAAGUGUGCUCUGUCCCCAGCUCAGGACACUGGGGAGUUUUUACCCUCAGGAAUAGCUAUGAGUUGCAGCUCUGCUACUUGGCGAGGUCUUUUUGCUGCAAUAGUAUCUUAUGUACUGGGUUACUCUAGACAGUCUGUUAGGGUCAUUCAGAAUGAGCUCCUCAGGUUGCUUCUAAAGUCCUCAGAGACUGAGCUUGUCUCAUGGCUAAAUUUCCCAAUUUUGAGUCCACUCUUGAGAGGCAACUAGAUUUUAAAGGAAAGAAGAGAAGAAAUGGGAGGGGAAACCACUAGCUGAUGAUAGAGAUUACUUUGCAAAAUCACUGUGCUUUCCACACAAAAGAAAACUUCCUUUUCUUUUGCACACAUACCUAGUGAGAGGAGAUACCAGAGGGUUUUUCUACCAGCAAACUGGGAACUUCAAAGGCUUGGUGCCAAAUGCGAUCAAGCCAAGAUCAAGCGACCUGUGACAGCUACCACAUAACCCCAGUGUGCACAUUGUAUAUGGGGUCAGUAGAGAGCCCUGAUACGGAAGAUCUUCACGUUUUAGGGAUUUAUAAAGAAAUGGACACCUCCCACCUUGCCUUGACAUAACCCAUACCCAAAUCCACAAGAAUUUUGACAGUGGGUUACAGCCUUCAUAUGGCAAAGUCCAAGUUAAUGUAUUUCACUGUAAGAGAAUCUUAUCUGCAUUGUUAACUCAAAGACCUACUUUUCAGGACCAGAAAGAUAAACACCUCAAAGCUAUUACAAUUAUACUGCAGUUCCUCAAAACCUGGUAGACACUGCAGAGGGAGCCCUGAAAUCUUUGUGGCUUUGGUAUUAGCUCUGUUCCUCACCAGCACACACAGAACCUAUAAUCACUGCAGGAAAACACAUCAUGGAAAAUUUCUACAACCUGCACACUGAAACCUGGAAAAAUCAUCCUUGCUGGGUAGAAUUUAUGAUGAUGCAAUAAGUGCCAACCGAUAUUCUCACCGUGGGACUGGCUAGAAACUGCUGCAAAGAAAAACAAAGAUCACUCUGCAUUAUUUACAUUUUAAUAUUUGGUGGGGGAAGGUUGGGAGAAAUUAGUUCUGAGAUUAUAGAUUUUUUUAAGAUUAUGAAAUAAAGUUAUUUUUAAGUAAA